AGAAAUUCACCAGCCUUUCCAGGUCAUAUUCAGAAGCCACUCCCACAGUUGAGAUGCUACUGGACACCUUAGAGGAAGAACAUUUGAAACAUGGCCGAUGCUAAAAUCUCCUUGCUUGGAACAGCCUUGCUUUUUGCCCUUCUUUUUGCCCUAAUCUGUUUUGCCAGUGCUGCUUCAUUUCAACGUUACCAAAAUAUCCAGAAAGAUCCAAAUUACCUAGUGAAAAACUUGCAAAGGAUCCCAAGCCCCGAUAUGAUCAAAGCUCUGGAAUAUAUCGAAAACCUUCGAAAACAAACUGGAAAUGGAGAAACAAGUCCUGAUUAUAGCUCGUAUCAAGGUCUUUAUCAAAGUAAAGACCAGAAUUACUUGCCAGAUAAUCUAAGGGAAACUUUGUCAGAUGAGGAGUCACAAUGGGUUAAGGCAAUGUUGGAGGCUCUAAGGCAAGGAGAAAGAGACUCAAAUGGUGCCCCAAAAGAAAAUAAACUCUAUGGCAUGAAUUCAGACAAUGUCUUCCUAGAUGGAAUGACUGAUGAUUAUGAUGAUCGUUCCUGGGCUGAUACAAGGCACAAACAUUCUAGGAAGCCACAUACAUAUUUUGAAGAAAAUUCAAGAGACAGUCCUUAUAAACGGACAAAUGAAAUAGUGGAAGAACAGUACACGCCCCAAAGUCUUGCCACUUUAGAAUCAGUAUUUCAGGAGCUGGGGAAAAUGAUGGGACCAAGUAACUCCAAGAAAGAAAGGUUUGAUGAAGAACAGAAACUGUAUGCUGACGAUGAAGACGAUGCCUAUAAAGGAAAUAACAUUGCUUAUGAAGAUGUGGUUGGAGGAGAGGACUGGAACCCAGUAGAGGAAAAAGUGGAAAGUCAAACCCAAGAAGAGAUAAGAAACAGUAAAGAAGAAAUUGAGAAAAAUGAAGAGGAAAUUGAUGAUGAAAUGAAGAGAGCAGGCAUCCUGGAUGAAGCUGUGAAAAGCGAGAACAAAGAUCAAACAUCAGAUGAUGUUUCAAAGUUGAUGGACUAUUAUUUGAAAAAGAUGAUGAACAGUGCUGGAAGUGACAUCUUAAGAGCCAAGCAAAGUGAAGACAAGAGGGCAGUCAGGCUUUUAGGGAAGCCACUUGAUCCUCAGACUAUUUAUCAGUUAAUAGAAAUAUCAAGGAAUUUACAAAUUCCACCUGAGGAUUUAAUUGAGAUGCUGAGAGCUGGAGAUAAACAUCCGAGUGAAAAGGAACAAGAGCCUGAACUCCCAGAAGACACAGAUGAGAUCCCUGAAACAAAUGUAGACAAUUCAGAAAUAUUCCAAAAUAGGAUGAACUCUUUAAAUGGUUACAGAAAACAGAGGCUUAAUUUUAUGCCAGAUAACUUGCCAGAAAACAUCAACGUUGAAGAUAUCAUAAACCUUUUAGGAACUGAAAAUGUCAAUAAUCAGAAACCCUCUUAUCUUGUGAAUCAGCUCCACCAAGAAAAUGGUUUGCCAAGAGUAUCCUACAUCCCUGGAAGAUCUAAAGGACAUCAGCUACCCAAAGCUUCUUGGUUUAGCCAUUUGGAAAGACGACAAAUGGAACAGGAAACUCUAAAUGAAAAGGAAGAAGACUUAGCAGGCUACUUAGCUAAGAUGCUAUCGAAAUAUCCUGAAGUUAUCAAUACAGGUCAGGUGAAACAAAUUCCACUCACAGUCUCCUCUGAGGAUGACUUGCAAGAGGAUGACCAGUUUGAACAAGCUAUCAAAGAACACCUAAACCAACCGGGAUCUCAUGAAUCAGACAAACUCAGCUCCUUCAACAAAAGGGUCUUUAUGACCCCAGAGAUUUAUGACACACAAAACAGACCUUAUAUGGAUGAGGAUUUGCUAGCAAAGAUUCUAGAAUAUCUAAACCAGGAUGAGUCUGAAAAUGGAAGAGAUCACAUUACCAAAAGGGCAAUGGAAAAUAUGUAGUUGACCACAUAUUAUUUAUCUUCAUUGUGUUUACUUCUACCUUGAUUCAUUUGUGAUUUAAUUUUCUUAAACUAUUCAGGGGCAUGUUCAGACAUUACACUUAGCACCUUUACACACUUGUGGGACUUCUUCUGGCACUUGCAUUUUCAUGAGUGAUAUAAAAGGUGAAACAAGUCCUUGUAGACCUCAGCCAGCUGUUAUCUCUAACAUACAUAUUAGGAUAUCAAAGAGAGACUUCCACAGCAGAGAUUGAAAGCUCCUGGUAGUUUUGUUGGAUUUCUCUUGCAAAUGAACAUGCCCAAAGUAUUCCUGCAGGGGAAAAUAUGGCCCAGUUCAAUGUCUGAACUGGUCCUAAUAGUAGAUGAUUUGACAUUUUAACAGUCUGUGUAAACUCCUCUGAGCUGUUCUAUUGUUUAUGAGUAUCUUUAAAUGUUCUAAAUCUUGGGUCAAAUAACAAAUUGCUUCAAUUCUUUUAAGAAACAGAUUUAUGAAAUAAAAUGAAACAGUAAAAGAGUAGGAUAAAUCAUGAUCCAAGUUGAGCAACAACUCUUAAAAUGAGGCUUUUUAAAAUUAAUUGAAAUAUUUUGUUAUUGUCUGUAGUGUUUUUGUGGAGUACUGAAUAAA